AUGUCUCGUAAAUCAGACAGUCCUGUUCAAACCCAGAUGGCUGUUGCUUUAUUCCGUAGUCCACUAGGUAGGGAGUACCUUGAGAGUAAGAGAAUGGAAGGGAGGCAACCUUCUGGCAAGAGAAGGGUUUUUGUGCAAACUGAAACUGGGUGUGUCUUGAGCAUGGAAUUGGACCGAAGUGACAAUGCACAUACUGUGAAGAAGAGGUUGCAGAUUGCCCUUAAUGUCCCAACUGAAGAGAGCUCUCUUACUUUUGGGGAUGUUGUCUUGAAGAAUGACCUUAGUUAUGUUCGGAACGAUACUGCCCUUCUUCUUACACGUAACCUUAUGCAUCGAAGUUCAUCCACUCCAUGCCUCUCACCCACUGGGCGAGAUAUGCAGCAAAGUGACAAGAGUGGUCCUAUUGAGAUAUUAGGGCAACCAAGUAACCUGGAUAUAAUGAAGCAUAUGGUCAAGGACAUUGUGAAGGCAAUGAAGAUUGGGAUAGAACCAAUUCCAGUUCAUGGUGGGCUUGGGGGUGCAUAUUAUUUCCUGAACAGAAGAGGCGAGAGUGUUGCAAUUGUGAAACCAACAGAUGAGGAGCCUUUUGCCCCAAACAAUCCAAAAGGUUUUGUUGGAAAAGCUCUUGGACAACCUGGUUUGAAACGUUCCGUUCGGGUUGGUGAAACCGGCUACAGGGAAGUUGCAGCUUAUCUUCUUGAUUAUGGUCAUUUUGCCAGAGUACCUGCAACUGCCUUAGUGAAGAUUACUCACUCAAUAUUCAAUGUCAAUGAUGGAGUCAAUGGGAAAAACAUUCAGAAGAAGAAGCUGGUUAGCAAGAUUGCAUCUCUGCAGCAGUUCAUACCUCAUGAUUUUGAUGCAAGUGACUAUGGGACAUCUAGCUUCCCUGUUACUUCUGUGCAUCGUAUAGGGAUAUUAGACAUUAGGAUUCUUAACACAGAUAGACACGGUGGCAAUUUGUUAGUUAGAAAAGUCGGGGCUUUUGGUGAAGUGGAUUUAAUUCCUAUUGAUCACGGGCUUUGCCUGCCAGAAGCUUUGGAGGACCCAUACUUCGAGUGGAUUCAUUGGCCUCAGGCUUCAAUUCCAUUCUCGGAGGAUGAGCUUUCUUACAUAAAAAAUCUCAAUCCUGCUCGUGACUGUGAGAUGUUACGAAAGGAACUGCCUAUGAUUCGCGAGGCCUGUUUGAGAGUGUUAUUACUCUGCACCAUUUUCCUCAAGGAGGCUGCUGCAUAUGGUCUGUGCCUUGCUGAAAUUGGUGAGAUGAUGACUAGGGAAUUCCGCAGUGGUGAGGAAGAACCCAGUGAACUGGAGGUUGUUUGUUUGGAAGCAAGAAAGUUGUUGGCAGAGAAGGAAGAACUAUCUCCUAGGACUGACCUGGAAGAUGAUGAAUUCCUGUUUGAUAUAGACUGUGAUGCAGCUGGGUCAGAAAUUGGUAUGAAGAUGACAAUGGACAAUUCUCUCACUAGAGCACCUUUUCAGCCUGGACAUGGAGGUGGGUAUGGUCGUAACCCAUUUUCCAAAUUGUACGAGAGCAUUGAGGAGGAGGAGGAAGAAGAAGGUGGUGGAAAAUAUCAUGAUGUUGUCACUUUUCCUCUUCACCAAAAACUCCCAAAGGUUUCUGAAAUUUCUGUGUCACUGAAAAACAUCAUGUUAAGUGAGUCAAGCAAGAAACACCAGAACCAUUCAGGAGGAAAAGCAGAUAAUGGCCAUUACGGGAACACAUCAUCUGGUCGUAGGAGCGCCAACGAGAAGCUUCCUGCAAGCAUAAGCUUUGUGAGCAUGGCAGAUAUGAUUGAAGAUCAAUGGACAAUGUUUCUAGAGAAGUUUCAAGAACUGUUGUACCCGGCAUUUUCCAAGAGGAAAUCCAUAACCAUAGGUCAAAGGCAGAUACAGAGGCUUGGUACCUCGUGCCAGUUUUGA